AUGGACUCUCAAUUUACUCUUGAAUUGACUCAGUUGCUGUAUCAGAGCACUGCUCCUGAUACCACUCAAAUCACAGAGGCUACUCGUGCCUUGGAAACAAAGUACUUGAAGGAACCUAGCUCUUUGUUGUCCUUGUUACACAUUAUGGGCACAUGCGAAAACUUUCAAGUCCGCCAGCUUGCAGCUAUUGAAGCUCGUAAGCUGUGCCACAAGUAUUGGCCCGAUGUCCCUGCUGAUGUACAAAAUCAAGUUCGUGCCAACUUGUUGGAAAUCACCAUUAAAGAACCCGAGGGCAUCGUAUGCCAUGCUUUUGGUCGUGUCAUUGCUGCGUUGGCUAAAAUGGAUCUUCCCGACGGAAAAUGGAAUGAUCUUUCUGGAUUUUUGGUUCAAGCUGCCAUGGAUCCAAACGAUUCCAUUCGUGAAAUGGCUAUCUAUGUUCUUUAUUCCAUUGCUGAAACCGUCGAUUUGGACAGCAAGUUGCUCUUAGAUUUUGUUCAUUUGUUCUCUCGUACCAUCACCGAUUCUAGCCGUACUGUCCGAGUCACUUCCGUUCAAGGCUUGGGUGCCGUCGCUGAAGUUUUGGAAUCCGAUGACAAAAAGCUUUUGCAUGCCUAUCGUGAUACCUUACCUAGCAUGCUCAUUGUUUUGCAAGACGUCGUUCAAGUUGGCGAUGAAGAUGCCUGCAAAACUGUCUUUGACGUUUUCAAUACUUUCCUCAUCGUCUCCGGCGCCAUCAUCUCUAAGGCCCUUGGAAAUAUCAUUGAAUUGAUCACUGGCAUCUCCACAUCGAAGCAAGUUGAUGGCGAAAUUCGUUGUAUGGCCUUGUCCUUCAUCAUUUCAUGUAUCCGCUUCAAGUCGCGUAAAUUGCAAGCUCUCAAACUUGGCAAAUCUUUAAUCCUUUCCCUCAUGCAAGUUGCUACUGAAGAUACUACCGAAGAUGCUGACGAGGAUUGCCCUGCCCGUCUUGCUUUACGUGCCAUUGAUCUUCUUUCCACCCACUUGUCUCCUACCCAAGUGUUCUAUCCCAUGUUGGAGGCAAUCAUGACUUUCUCUCAAUCCCCCGAUCCUGGUCACCGUAAGGCCGCUUUAUUGUCCAUCGGUGUCGCCGUCGAGGGUUCUUCCGAGUCCGUUGCUUCAAGCCUUCUUAACAUCUUUCCUCUUAUUGUCAAUGGCUUAUGUGAUGUUGACAUGAACGUUCGUCAAGCUGCUCUCUUGGCUCUUAGUCAAAUUGCCGUCGAAAUUCCUAUGGAGGUUUCAAAGCAUCAUGCUCAAUUCUUGCCCCUCGUUUUCGAGUUGAUGUCCACUCAAGGUGUUAAAGUUGGAAAGUCUGCUUGUAACUGUAUUGACGCUUUGCUUGAAGGUCUUGACAGAGCUGAAAUUAGUGGUUAUAUGCCCAUGCUUAUGGAACGUCUUGUUGGUCUUUUAGACUCCAAUGUCACCGCUGACAUCAAAAGUUGUGUUGCUGCCGCCAUUGGCUCCGCCGCUUUUGCUGCUCAAGAAGACUUUUUGCCCUAUUUUGAACGUACCAUGGCUAGCUUGUCCAACUGCUUACACACAUCUGAUGAUGAUGAGGGUUAUGAACUUCGCGGUACCGUUAUGGAUACUUUGGGUGCUAUUGCUAAUGCCGUCGGUAAGCAAGCUUUUUUGCCUUUCACCGAACAGCUCAUUCAAUUAGCUUAUGAAGGUAUCCAAAUUGAUCAUUCUCGUCUCCGCGAAUGCUCAUUUUGCUUCUAUGCUGUUUUGGCUCGUGUCUACAAGGAAGAAUUUGCUCCCUUCCUACCUCACAUCGUGCCAGCCUUGUUCAAAUCUCUUGACCAGGAUGAAUCUGAUGUCUUAAGUGAAAAGGUCGGCGCCCCUAGUGCCGAUGAAAUCGGUCAAUUGCUCGAGUCCUCUGAAGGCAACGACGAAGAAGAUGACGAAGAAUUAGAAAAGGCUAUGGGUGUAAACUCGGCUAUUGCUAUGGAGAAGGAGAUCGCUGCUGAUGCUUUGGGUGAAAUUUGCACUUAUGUCGGUGCUCCUUUUGCCGAAUACCUUGAGCCUACUGUCGAAAAGUUGGUUUCCUCUACUACUCACUUUUAUGAAGGUGUUCGAAAGUCUUCUUUGACCAGCUUAUGGCGUUGUGCUACUACUUUCUAUAGAGUUUGCAACUUACCCCAAUGGAAAGCUGGAUUGCCUUUGCAAGUUCCAGUUCCUGAUGCCGUACAAAACAUUUUUGCUGCUGUUAGAAAAUGCUCUUUCGAUACUUUGGACGAAGAAUAUGAAAAGACCGUCGCUACCGAUAUCCUUCGUAACCUUGCCGAAGCCAUUAAGACAUGCGGUCCUGUUGUUUUAGGCGAUGAUUAUCCCAAGAUUUGCGAAAUUGUUAUGGAAGUACUUCAAAAACAACAUAUUGUCCAAGCUGGUGAUAUCUUUGAUGAAGACUUUGAAGAGGAAGAUGUUGUUAGUAACGAAGAAGUUGACGAUACUGAACAAGAUGCUAUGUUUAUCGAUUCUGCUUGCGAUGUUGUCAUUGCCCUUUCAAUGGCCUUGGCUGAAUCCUUCGUGGAGUCUUUUCAAAUAUUCUUCCCUCAUAUCGUUAAAUAUUAUUCAAGCAACAACGGUACUGAACGUGCUAUGGCUGUUGCUUGCAUAGGUGAAGUUGCUGGAGGUAUUGAAUCUGCUAUUACACCUUUCACUGCUGAUGUUUUCACAUUAUUUAUGACUGCUUUAGAAGAUCCCGAGGGAGAAGUUCGCAGCAAUGCUGCUUACUCGAUGGGUUUGUUAUGUCAAUUCUCUACUGAAAAUCUUUCUUCUGAGUACCUCAACAUUCUUCAAAAACUCCAACCUUUCUUUACCCAAGAAAUCUUCCGUACUGCUCUUGAUAAUGCUAUCGGUUGUAUUUCUCGUUUAAUCUUGCAUAAUCAAAAUGCUAUUCCUUUGGAUCAGGUCUUACCCAUUGUCUUGUCCAAGCUUCCUUUGAAGGAAGAUUACUUAGAAAACGCACCCUUAUACUACAUGAUUCUUCAUCUUUACCGUCAAAAGAACCCUAUUCUGUUGCAACAUUUGGGUGAUUUAAUUCCUGUCUUUGCAUCUGUUUUGACGGGACCUGCCGAGCAGCUCAAUGCUGAGUUACGUGCCCAGCUUAUAAACUUACUUAAGGAGAUUGCUCCCGAAUUCCAAACUCUCAUUUCUACAUUCCCUCAUUUGGUUGCUUUAUUACAGUAA